AUGUCUAGCAGCUCUCCCAUUUUGUGGAACCCAAAUACUACUCAUAUUACUGGUGCGCCUGCCCCACAAGCUGAAGUGGGUAGCUCAGUAGCAACCAUGCAAAAAUGUCUUGUUUUUCACGGUCGUCAUCAUAAGCGCUCUGCCCAGUGUGCCUUAUUUCAAGACGGUGACCGUGAUGAGGAUUGCGACUUGCCAACGAAGAGAUUCAAAAUUUUGAAAACAACUUGGAACUGCACUCAGUCCAAUUCUGGUGGCGCAAACUAUGUCAAUGAGCGGAUGCUCGAGCUUUCCCGGGUCACUUGCCGGGCCAUUUCCGCAAGAAUGCAAUACCAAUGUAUUCACUCUCACGAACUAGAUUUAAUGAAGUCCAUUCUCGAAGAUGAAACAACGCAGUCCCAACAAGAUAUCCAUAGCCUUGAUCUGCAAAUCGGCUCCCUUAGACACAUGCUCCAUGCUGGAAGAGUGACGGUGAUAGGGAUAGGGCAUAAAGGAUGUAAACUCGAUCCUAACGACCACGACCAGGCUUGUCGCUCAGCCUGCGAGUCAGGCUUACUAGUAAUAAGAGUGGCCGCGCUGCGGCAUUGUAGUGUCACUCAGGAUCCAAGCGGCGCCACAGAUAAACACCCACAACCUCGAUUUGAUUCGCCUCAGCGGCAACACCGUGGCUAUUAG